AUGACUUCUCCGGCCCUCACAACAACUGAGAGCCUUCCAGCAGACGCGGGCCGCUCGGGCCCCUUCGACAAUCAGCAAGAAGACGCCUCUGAGUUUGGUGAGGGAAAUUCAGAGACCAAUGACGUAGGCGACGAUCAGGCACCGAAACCGCAACCCCAGAAGCGGCGUCGUGUGACGCGUGCUUGCGAUGAGUGUCGACGCAAGAAGAUCAAAUGCGAUGGCAAGCAACCAUGCACCCACUGUACCGUUUACAGUUAUGGUAUAAUGGUAAAUGCCCAGCAUUCCACAUAUGACCAGCCGUCGAACCGUCGCCGUAACGCGACCCCCCAGUAUAUCGAGGCUCUGGAAAGCCAACUCAAACGUGCAAAAGCGCUGCUUCACGUUGUCCUGCCGACGGUCGAUUUGAAUGACCCCACCAUUGACGCCCACCUUCAAAAUGGCUUGUUACCACAGCUGCCACAGGCGACUCCGCGACCUCCAGUGAUGCCUGUAGACCCCCGGAUUCCACAUCACCAAGCACCGGCCCACAACGAUGAGCAGCCUGAUUCCCAUCUUGAGGCCAUGGUCAAAGCCACCGGCCAGCUUGAUCUAGACGAAGAGGGUAACUGGGAUUACCAGGGUCAUUCUUCAGGGCUCAGCUUCAUGAGGGGUCUACGGCAAUUUGAUGAUAUGUUUCAGAUCCCUUCGGACGAGUCGCCAUCUCUCCGGCACCGAACUAUGUCCCAUGAACCGCCCUCUCCUAGUUCUCUAUCUAUUACAGGAUCUACUGCAGGAGCACCCAACGUGCCUUUACCCAGCCAGGCAAAUGCACGUCUCCUCUGUGAUAGUGCCAUAAUCCAGUAUAGCGCCAUGCUGCGCGUCGUUCAUAUUCCCACCUUUCACAAGCAGAUGGACCGCCUCUAUCAAGUCUCGUCUGAGAACUACGGCCCCGCCGAGACCAGCUUCCUGCCCCUAUUCUAUGCCGUCUUGGCUCUGGGCAAACUAUACUCAGAGAAUGACACAGCCACUGAUGUAGCAAGCUAUGACGUGCUCACCGACGAGGGACUCAAAUAUUUCAAAGCCUCGCGCCAACUACUGGACAUCACCGACUGCAGGGACCUUACUUCUCUUCAAGCCAUCAUCUUCAUGAUCCAGUUCCUGCAAUCAUCAGCGAAACUCAGCACGUGCUAUGCAUACAUCGGGGUUGCUCUACGCUCAGCCCUGCGCAUGGGUCUGCACCGGUCUUUCAAUGUCAAGUUUAACCCCAUAGAAGCCGAAACGCGCAAACGUAUUUUCUGGGUAAUUCGAAGGAUGGAUACGUAUGUUGGAGCAAUGCUCGGUUUGCCGCGAUUUCUGGACGAUGAGGACAUUGACCAAGAGUGGCCAAUCGAGGUGGACGACGAGUAUAUUACGGAGUCACAAAUUCUGCCCAUGCCUGAAGGAAGCAUUUCGGUCAUGGCGGCUUUCAACGCCCACACGCGUCUCGUACAAAUUUUGAACAAGAUCUGCAAGUAUGUGUAUCCAAUUAAGGGAACGCAAUCAGGCGCAAAGAACUCCGUGACCUACUCUGUGGGUUACUCCAAGAUUCGCGAAAUCGAACAGGAUCUCGCAAGAUGGCUUGAUGAGUUGCCUGUUGCGCUCAAGCCCGGGGGCGAUGCUCCACCAAUCAUCAAGAGGGUCCAACAGCUUCUCCGUAUGGCAUUCGGUCAUGCUCAACUCCUGCUCUAUCGGCCAUUCCUACACUAUGUUUCGCAAUCGUGCAACGCCAACACGGUCGAUCAAAGGGCAUUUGCCUGCGCCUCCGCUUGCGUCAAUGUUUCACGUAACAUCAUCCACAUCUCAACAGAGAUGCGUAAACGGGGUCACCUGGCUGGAGCGUAUUGGUUUUCCAUGUACACAACCUUUUUCGCCAUCGUUUCGAUUUUGUACUUUGUCCUGGAGAAUCCGACAAGUCCCACCAGUUUCGAAUUGUUGCGGGAUGCCGUAGAAGGUAAAGAAGUCUUGGCGUAUUUUGCCAAAAGGAGCCUGGCAGCGGAUAGGUGCAGCACUGCACUAAAGGGCAUGUUCGAGCGUCUCCCUGAAUCAAUUAGGCAUGGUGGAGAGAUCAUUGCCUCAAGGAAGCGCCGACAAGGAAGUUCACCGCACUCGUUAGGAACCCGACCUACCUUUUUCGCCCAAAACGAUGCUGCAGGGCCACGACGCGCGAGCACCUAUCCCGAUAGCAUUCCCAACGUAAAGACUGCCGGUCAGACCCAGUCGUUCCAGUCUCCUAACCCUGAAUUUGGUAGCAUUGGUCUGGGCUCUUCAUACCCAGCACACACAGUUUCGAACCCGAACCUUUUCGAUGGUGUACCAGGCCUUACCCCUACGUCUUCUAACGAUAGCCUGCCAAGUUUUGGGUUGGCCCCCAUUCACGAUUCGCAACCAACUUCUUCAGCCUUCGGUCCGACAAGCUUGGGCAACCCCGUGACAGACCCUUCGGGUCUUAAUGUUCCGAUCGCAGAUAUUUCGACCAUGAUGUUUCCCUCUGCCGACCCACUGGCCUAUCCGAACCAGCCAAUGACUGCCUUCGAGAAUAAGCACCCCCAAGCAUUCGACCGCAGCACUGGCACUCCAGUGAGUGGCCACCCUACUCCGCUCUCAACCAGUAUGGAUCUGAAAGGACAUCCUGCCAUGUUCGCCCCUACUAGUAUGCCUCAUGCGCCAAGUCGACACAUGGACAACGAGGCCCAGAUUUUCACCUCGAUGCCUAUGUAUAUGAUGCAAGGCGCCCAGCAGUACCGAGGCUAUCCACCCCAUCAUGGUAUGCCGAUGCAAACAUCGAACAAUAUGCCCUUCGACGAGUUGAUGCACCAAGAGGAUUGGUCGCAGUCUUUCAUGGACCCUGCGUUGAACAUGAACGAUGGAAGGUCGUCCCUCGGCACUCAACAAUUUAGCCAGAAUGGCUGGCGUUGA